CUGCACUACAGGACCCUCCUGGGCAGCAGAGCUUGUGCCCACAUGGCAGCAGCUGCCUGGGCCAGUGCCUUUCUCCAUGCUCUGCUGCACACAGCCAAUACAUUUUCCCUGCCCCUGUGCCAGGGCAAUGCCCUGGGCCAGUUCUUCUGUGAAAUCCCAGAGAUCCUCAAACUCUCCUGCUCACACUCCUACCUCAGGGAACUUGGGCUCAUUGCUGUUGGUGUCUGUUUGGUAUUUGGCUAUUUUGUGUUCAUUGUUUUCUCCUAUGUGCAGAUCUUCAGGGCUGUGCUGAGGAUCCCCUCUGAGCAGGGACGGCACAAAGCCUUUUCCACCUGCCUCCCUCACCUGGCUGUGGUCUCUCUGUUUAUCACCACUGCCACAUUUACCUACCUGAAGCCCCCCUCCAUCUCUUCCCCAUCCCUGGAUCUGGCCCUGUCAGUUCUGUACUCAGUGGUGCCUCCACCAAUCAGCGCCGGGGAUCGGGGACUGGGGGCGGUGCCUGGUGACGGCGCCAUCUUUCCUUUUUGCCUCUAA